AUGAAGUUCGGAAAGAACAUACGGAGGGAGAUGCAGAACCACCCGGGGAUGCACUACCUCGGUUACAAAGGACUAAAAAAGCUAAUCAAACAAAUUAGAGAAAAUCGGAUGGAAGGAGAGUACACCAAAAGGAAGCAACUGAAUGACCAGUUCGAACAAUUAUUACAUUCAGAUUUGGAAAAUAUUGAAAGGACAUUUAGGAAAUUAUUUUCUGAAAUAAAUGGCAUGAAGAAUGAAAUUGAGAAGAAAUUUGCUUCGCGCAUUUUCAACAGUGAAGAGUUAAAAGUGAAUAAAAAAAUUUGCUCGUUUGAUAAUCUACUGGAGAUGUUAAAGGAGGGGGGAGUGGUGUCUGAGGAGGUGCUGGACUUUUGCAUCCGAUUGAGUUUGCUCUCGAACAAGUGUAAAGUUAUCCGUACGUACGUGGUAUACAAUUAUGUGGGGCUGGUGAAGAUUCUAAAGAAGAGGCGGAAGCGGUGCGGAAUCGAUGGACAGGGGCUUUCCCCGCUGGAUCACCUUACCUCCACAUCAGACUGGAGAUCAGACUGGAGAUCAGAUUGGACAUCAGAUGGGGCGUCAGACCUCACAGCAAAGGCCAUGUCAACAAGCACAUCCAGCACCAUGAGCAAUACGGUGGCAGACGCAGUGGGUAACAUUGUGGGCACCUACUCAUGGUGCCUCUCCGAUGAGCUUCCCCAACUAAUCACUUCUGUGAAUAUCAUCUCAGAUGAGUUCAUGGAGCAGCUGUGUAACUCUGGCGUGAGGUCGGAGAAGUACACAUGCCCAAUCUGCUUGUGUCUGAUUCACGAUCCCGUAACUUUAAAUUCUUGCUUCCACUCCUUCUGCUGGAACUGUCUAGCCACAGCCAUCCAAAACUACUCCAUCGAUAAAUGCCCCUCGUGCAGAACAAAAAUUGUCUACGAUCGGGAUUCUUUCAAAAUAGAUGGUAUUUUGAGCCAGUUUUUGAAGAAGCACUUUGUGAGCGAGUCAGCUGUGGAGUGGGACCGCAACACAUCUAAGGAUAUUCCAUCUGGUCAAGACGAGACAUACGAAGAAGGACCAGAACGAGAUGCAUACAUCACUCAAUGUGUCUUUCAAAAUGAAGAGGAAAUCGUGCAUGCAAAGAAAAAAAGGCUAAUCGAGAGAUGUAGGAAGAAUGGAAUCGAUACGCAAAUGUGGACAUGUGACCCAGCGAAUGCAGUGAAAAGAAAUGCACUUCCCGGGAGAUCCUUCGCUGAACAGGAUAUCGCUGAACAGGAUAUGGCUGCUGAGGAUAUGGCUGCCCCUAUUUUACCGAACGACAGAGAAGACAAACCUGAUGAGGCUAGAGAGCAUUUCUUCCCGUGGCACUCCCUCCCCGAUGAAGGCGAAACGGAUCCCUGGGCAAAUUUUGAUGAGUACCUGACCGUUUUGAAUAGCGUCGAUAAGAAUGUGAUGGAGGACAAGGGGCGGGAGAGUGACUGUUGCAGUGAUGAAUGUCGGGAAAGCGCUUUCCCCCAGUCGGACACGACAAAGUUGGGGCUCAAGGGGGGUACCCCGGAUGCAUCAUACCGUCUGGUCAGCGACGUCAUUAGCUACACCUUUAGUUAA